AUGAGAGUGACAAGAAGGGACAUGGCUUUUGUCACCCACUUGUUGGCAUGCAUCUUUGGAACUGGUUCCUGGGUUGCCAUCAAUGGCCUAUGGGUAGAACUUCCAAUCGUCGUGAAUGAUGUUCCUGAGGGAUGGUACUUACCAUCAUACCUUACUAUCCUCAUCCAAAUGGCCAACAUAGGGCCACUUUUUGUUACUAUAAUGCACAAGGCAAAGCCUGGCUGGUUGAAGGAGGUCGCUGUUAUACACACCAUUAUUAUUCUGGGAAUUGUGGCCUUGUUCCUCUUGGCAUUCUUCUGGAAAGAAACCACAUGGAUUGCAGGGCAGAUGCACAGCACAGGAUUCCUGAUCUUAACCUUUUUCCUGUCACUGGUGGACUGUACUUCAUCAGUGACCUUCCUGCCAUUUAUGAUGCAACUGCAACCCAAAUACAUAACUACAUACUUCAUUGGUGAGGGUCUCAGCGGUCUUAUCCCAGGAUUAUUGUCUCUGGUACAAGGUGUCGGGAUGAUUAAGUGUGUCAACUAUACACGGAAUGAGAAUACAACUCAAGCCUGGCCAAACUCUACAGAUGGUGAUUACUACAUAGAAACCCAGUAUCUUCCAGCCAAUUUCUCAGUUCAAGUCUUCUGGUUUCUUCUGUCGAUUAUGAUGGUCUUCUGCCUGGUGGCCUUUUUCUUCCUAACAAGAGUUUCCAAGGAAGACAGCUCCAAUGUUUCCUUACUUCAAAGUACAGUCACCCUCAAUUCUUACUCAACAACUGAUGUAAAGCUAUCAUGUAACAUGGAGACUUCUGAUACGAAUAAGAGCACAGAAGACAUCAUUCAUGGUAGUGGGGCUUCUUCAGGCUCAGAUAAUACUAAUGUAAAGUAUUCCUGGACUCACUAUGCUCUCAUUUACUUCCUUACUGGAUGGGUGAAUGCUCUCACCAAUGGUGUCCUGCCAUCUGUACAGACAUACUCUUGCAUGCCAUACGGUAACUUGGCUUACCACCUUGCUGCUUCCUUGGGCUCCAUGGCAAACCCUUUGGCUUGUCUAAUUGCCAUGUUCCUACCUAGCAGGUCUCUUCUGAUCCUUGUACUGCUUUCAGUGCUGGGGACAGGAUUCGGGGCUUAUAACAUGAUGACAGCAGUGAUGAGUCCAUGUCCUAUUCUGCAGAACAGUAACUGGGGAGUAAUCCUUAUUGUCAUCUCCUGGAUCCUCUUUAUUGGGACGCUCAGUUACGUGAAAGUCAUGAUUGGAGUCAUUCUCCGCAGCCAGGGUCACAGCGCCCUUCUGUGGUGUGGCGCGGUGGUACAGCUAGGAUCCAUGAUCGGGGCCCUUGUCAUGUUCCCAUUGGUAAAUGUGUACAGUUUUUUCAGAUCAGCUGAUCUCUGCAAUAUGAACUGUCCUAGCUAA